AUGAUGGUAUGCGCGUUCGAUCGAGAUAAAAAUGACACUCAUACGGCAGAUAGUUAUAUGAGUGUGUGCGCUGAUGACACGUUAAUAUAUGCUGCCUUAGUCAUUAAAGAAGAUGCCGUACUUGAUAUUAUAUCACAAUUGGAAAACAGCCAAAUCACAAAAGAUCAGUUGCAAACGACUAGGCUUGGCCGUGAAAUUAACGAUAUCCGGCGAAAAACGACAAAUCGUGAAAUUGCUCAACGUGCAAAAAAGCUCUUGCGCACAUGGCAAGAUUUAUUGCAAAAUUCGACGGCAACAACAAAAUCGACAAUUUCAAAUGAUGAACAACCUCCGGUGAACGGUGAUUUAACGCAUUAUCCUCAUUUAUCAUCAACAGCAAGUACUACAGUAAAAACGUCAUCACAGCCACAACAUAUCGAUGGAGGUACGGGUGAUUCAGAUAAUAAUACAAGAGAUUCUUUAAUCGAUGCCACUUUUCCCACAUCUUCAUCUCACGGGGCACUAACGUCUCCAGUUGUUGCGCCAGCCCCUAUUUCUCAACCGCCCAUUAAACUGAAAAUUAAAAUUACACCUCCAUGUACAACUACCAAUGAUCUUCAAAAUCCACUCGCACAACACUCGACACCAGCUAGCAAAGGACGAAAAAGACGAUUGGAACCUUCAUCAUCAACAGACGUUCAAGUACAAACGAAAAAACCUUAUAUUAAUGGACGAUCCUAUUCAACGACGACAGAAACGUCUCCUCAGGGUGCUAAACGGCGAAAAAGGGCCAAACAACUGGAUACAACAGAAACAGUACAUUAUAAUACCAAUAGUAAUAUAGUAACUCCUUUUUCAUCUCUUCCAAAAUUGAAAACCACUCAACAGUUAAUAUUAGAAAUGCAAAUGAAACAACCGCAUGUUUUAUCUACUCAAUCACCGACAAUAAAUGCAAUAUUAAAAAAUCAAAUUAUAGAUGAAAGUUUAGGCGAUAAUAAUAAAGUCGAUUAUUCAGCUUUACAUCACGGAAGACAUUUGACGACGACAACUGUAUCGGCUGCAACGAAUCAUGUCACAAAUUUUAUCGACACAACACAACUAAGUCAACAUUAUACAAAACAAACUUCGUGGAGGAAAUCAAUGGCGACAACUACACCUUCUCAUCAUCAACAUGGAACUCUUUCUACGACCACCGCAUGGGAAGGUAGUAGUGGCGGUGGGUCACCUUCUCCAGCAUCACCACCCUCUUCCAGUUCUUCCUCUUCAUCAAUAACCAACACUGCAAAUCAAUGGAUCUCUUCUACACCAUCUAUUCAAUCAAACACUCUUAUCCGUUCAUCAAUCGGUCAAUCUGGUCAAUCGCUACUAUCUUCUCCAAAAAAUACUUCCACACCACCAUUAUGUAUAUCGUCAAGAAAUAGUAACAGCAGUAAUACUACUGCCAAUAAUCGGAAACGAACAGUAAAAGUACCAAAAACAAGACAAAAAUCACUUAUCCCAGCAAUUUCUAUCCCUACAUCGCCGCCACCAUCACACGUGCCGUCGGUAGAAGAGAUUAUUCAAGAUUUAUCUUUAUUAUGUCCAUAUGAUAACGUUAAAGAAUUAGUCGAUGCUCACCAACGUAAAACGUUAGAAAAACAUCAAAAUGAAAAUAAAACAUACGAUCAAUUAUUAGAUGAGCAACCACAAUUAUUUCUUGUACCUAUCGAACAAUUAUACUAUGUUUAUAAUAAACAGCUCGAUAACAAUAGGACUACACAAAAUAUAGAUGAUGAUUCGAUGACAUUAUCUUCUACAUUAUCUACUGUUUUACCGUUAAAAACGUAUAAUAAUGAAACGUUUUUAGCUUUACCCUAUAUUGAUUUGCAAUUUGGAUAUGAUUUUCAAUUAGAUGAAUUGAUUGUGAACGCUGAUACAAAUGGAUGA